GUAAUCUACAAGACAUUAAUGGUAUUUUGUGGAUGCUAACUACCCAAAAUCGAUGUAAAAACAAAAUGUAUCUUAAUGUGCGGCUCGAAGAAUACAAGUGGUGUUGAGUUGACAGUUCAUUUUAACUCAGUAUUAUUGCACAACAACAACAGGGCAGACACAAAAAUUUCAGUUAAUAUUGAUUUUCCCCAGUCCCGAUCCCAAAUUGAGCGUAAAACCCCGCCAUCAGCUGUUGACGGCGAAGCGUCGAAACAACUGCGACUCGAUAUAAUUGUUUUGCCAACAAGAAUCGGGCUUAGUGCGAGGUGGCAUCCGAAAGAUACAGGAACGGAACGGAGCGGCAGCGACAGCGACAGCAUCUCGGAUAGACAGGAAGAGCAGGAACUCGACGGGCGGCAUGGUUUUCCUCAAGUUUCUGAAGAGCAAACUGUAACGUAUCUAUGCCGGGCGACAGAUCGUCAGCUUAGAAGUAGCCCACGAAAAACGAGAUACUAAAACAUAUAAACAACACAAACGUCGAGCGACACAAACAAUGCGCGAAUCUCAGGCUUCCCAAUUCAUGACGAAGACGAAUCGCUUGGUGGUGUUGCGGCAUGGCGAAAGCACCUUCAACAUAGAGAACAAGUUCUGCGGCUGGCACGAUGCCCCAUUGAGCGAGUUCGGUAUCCAAGAGGCUCUGACGGUGGCCAUUCCCGCCAUCCUCCAGUCGCAACUGGAGUUCGAUGUCGUCUACACCUCGGUGCUGAGCAGAUCCCGUCAGACCGCCGAGCUGAUCCUGAGCAAAAUCAACUGCGCUUACGUGCCGAUCAAGGAGGAUUGGCGUCUGUGCGAGCGACACUAUGGCAACCUGACCGGCCACCGCAAACGGGAUAUAGCCAAUCAGUAUGGGGAGGACCAGGUGCAAACAUGGCGGCGGGGCUACGACGGCGUACCGCCGCCCAUGGAGGAGGACAAUCGCUACUACUACACCAUCUGCAGCAAUCCCAUUUUCGACAUGAUUCCACCUGGUCAAUUCCCGUUUUCAGAGUCCCUGCACAUGUGCGUUGACCGGGUGAAACCCGUCUGGGAUGAGGUCAAGCAGGAGGUGCUCAAGGGCUCUCGAGUGCUUAUGUGUGUCCACGGAACAGUGGCCCGGGCUCUGGUCCAGCAAAUCGAGGGCAUAUCUAAUGAGGCCAUUGAAAAGGUCAACAUUCCGAACUGCGUGCCACGCGUCUACGAGUUUGACUUAAAGUCGGGACACUUGGUUGGUGCCGCCAUAAACCUGGGAGACGCGGAGUACAUACGGCGGAAAACAGCCCAGGUGGCAGCCAUUGGUGACUGAUAGCGGGAUAUUCCGUUCGACUAGGAUUUAAUUUAGAACUAUAGUGCGGUAUCAUCUUCCCUUGUAACAAAGUUGUAUUGCCUCGUCUGGUUGAGCUCAGUGGGGCGUGACUGCUAAGGAUAUUGUAAGAUUAAUUUAUUAUUUACCAAUCAGAUAUUUCUGGCCAAAAAUAUACA